AUCGCUCAGGUGUACUUGAUUCAUUUGACUUCCAGUCAUAUGAUGUAUGUAAGUCUUGUUUACUUGGUAAAAUGACAAAGGCUCCAUUCACCGGUCACGGUGAAAGGGCGAGUGACUUAUUGGGCCUCAUACACUCCGAUGUGUGUGGUCCAAUUAGCACUGUAGCUAGAGGUGGUUAUUCUUACUUCGUUACAUUUACUGACAACCUAAGUAGAUAUGGAUAUGUGUAUCUCAUGAAACACAAAUCGGAAUGCUUUGACAAAUUCAAAGAAUUCAAGAACGAAGUAGAAAAAUAAUUAGGCAAAAGUAUUAAGACCCUCCGCUCGGAUCGAGGAGGUGAAUACUUAAGCCUGGAGUUCGAUGACUAUCUGAAAGAGCAUGGGAUCUUAUCCCAACACACUCCUCCGGGGACACCUCAGUUAAAUGGAGUGUCUGAGAGGAGAAAUCGGACUUUGCUAGACAUGGUCCGGAGCAUGAUUAGUCUGACAACAUUGCCAGAAUCAUUUUGGGGAUAUGCAUUAAAAACAGCAGCACACACACUCAACAGAGUUCCAUCUAAAGCUGUCGAGAGCACACCAUACGAACAAUGGCAUGGGAGAAAACCGAGUUUCUCGUACUUUAAGAUUUGGGGCUGUGAAGCUUAUGUAAAACGUCUCAUGACGUCUAGUAAGUUGGAGCCUAAAUCUGAUAAAGUAAUUUUUGUGGGAUACCCCAAGGAAACUAGAGGGUAUGAGUUCUAUCAUCCAUCCGAUAACAAAAUUUUCUUUGCUCGGAAUGGAACCUUCCUUGAGAAGGAGUUUCUUUCUACUAUCACUAGUGCGAGAAAGGUAGACCUCGAAGAAAUUCGAGAACCACAAGAAGAAGUCCCGAUAGUGUUGGAACCUGAGCAAAGAGAUCAAGCAAUUGAAUCUCAAACUGCUCAAGAUAUACGUAAUCCUCUGGUCAGAUAUGGAUUUCUCAUGUCUGAUGAAGGGCCAUUGCACAGGCAAAGGAACCACGAUCUCACCAGAAAACCAAACAUCUUGUAUGACGCUAUCACAUCAUACGAGAAAUCAUAGACAGAGGAGAUGUGAUGAUUUGCAAAGUAGAUACUGACGACAAUGACGGAGCUAAAAUAUAGCGGUAAGUCAACAAAUAACCGAGUUAGACUCGGGUUGUUCUCUCCAGGAGUGACGAAUGGAAUAGUUAGUUUUAUUAUUUAUCACAGGUAAAUUUAUAGUUUAUGAAACGUGAAAUAAUAAGAAAUAAAGCGUCUAAAGUAAAUGAUAAAAUAACUUGAGGAGUUAAGAUCGGAAUGCAGACUUAACACAAUUUAACUCAUCUUUUAUUAAAGAUUGGACUAAUGA